GCAGCCCCAUCGCAGCGGCGGCAGCAGAGAGUGAGACUGUCUGAGCAGAGGAAGCAGCGGGGAGGCGGCGUGGGCUCACAGAGGACAAGAAUCUGGUGUAAGAUUUUAUUUCACGAUGGCAGAGAACAAGAUGGGACCCAACAUCCAGGCUGGAGCUGGAUUCCUCGCCAAACGGGUCCAAAAGUCUUUGAAUCGAGCGCAGGAGAAGGUCCUGCAGAAACUGGGGAAAACCAUGGAGACCAAGGACGAGCAGUUCGAGCAAUGCUCCCUGAACCUCAACAAGCAACAGACGGAUGGCGGCAGGUUAUUCAAAGAUGUCAAAGCCUACUAUGCAGCAGUGAAAGCAAUGCACGAGUCGUCCAAGCGGCUGUCCCAGACGUUGAGAGACGUCUACGAAUCGGACUGGAAUGGAGUGGACGACCUGUCUGUCAUUAUAGAGAGUGAGGAUUUACUGUGGAACGACUACGAGGAGAAAGUGAGCGACCAGCUCGUCCGCACCAUGGAGAACUACACGAGCCAGUUCCCUGAGGUCAAGGAAAGAGUUAACAAACGAGGUCGCAAACUCGUGGACUACGAUUCAGCGCGGCACCACCUGGAGGCGCUGCAGAACACCAAGAAAAAGGAUGACGCCAAAAUAGCCAAGGCAGAGGAAGAGUUCAACAAAGCCCAGAGCGUCUUUGAGGAAAUCAACAACGAGCUGAGGGAGGAACUACCCCUUCUCUAUCAGAGUCGAAUAGGUUGCUACGUGACGGUGUUUCAAAACAUAUCGAACCUGAGGGACGUCUUCUACAAAGAGAUGAGCGUGCUGAACCAUGAGCUGUACAACGUGAUGAAGAAACUGGAGACUCAGCACUCGGGGAAAGCCUUCAUCAUCAAGGGUCUCAGUAGCACCACGUCCAAGUCCAAGAAGAGGAAGUCGCUGGUUAUCUCCAACCCCAUCCCCUGCAACACGGCCUUCCCGGCCGACCACGUCUCCAUCCACUCCUCCACCGAGAACGGGAAAGACGCUGCGCCCACCUCCCCUGGCCAGCGACCUCAGAGCAUCUCUGAGGAAAGCAGCCUGCCGGAAGAGAGCUCCAGCAGCGGCGCCAGCGUCCCGUCCAAAGACGUCACCGUAUCGGACUCGGAUGACGUCGCCUCCAGCGGCGCCGGCACGCCCAAGAGGCAGUCGAUGUGUGACAGCGAGAACAGCGACAGGAGCGCAGGAAGUCAAAGUCUGGAGGAGGUGGAGCCAGAACUCGCCACAAACCAGUCAGAUGACUCGGGCGUGGGAGUCCCAAAGUCGGAGGAGGCUGCGAGUCAGGAAGCGUCCGGGCCGUCGGAUUCGGCGGACAGCGAUGCCCCGCAGAGUCCCGAGCAGGAGAAGGUUGAUGAUCCCGUGUCGCAGGAGGAGGAGGUGAAGCCCAAACCGCCACCGGUCCCGGCUCCUCGCGGCUCCUUCCGCACGGCAGACAAACCGGCAUCCUACGCUGCCCAGGACAAGACGGAGGAGCCGUCAGAGGACCAGGAGACAAACGGGUCAGGACAUGAGUCCGAGUCCCAGAAUCCACCUGACUCCCUUUCCCAGGAGGAGGCGCUAGAGAGCCAUGCAGCAUCAGAGGACGGCCCGCCGGAGGCUGAAUAGGGAGACGACGUCGUCCCGGUGCUGGCCGACGCUCAGGAGCAGGAGGUGCUCGGCGAAGGGGAUCAGGGAGGAGAGCUGGAACCAGCACAGGGAUCUCCAAAAUCACUCUGGGAUCUUUUCAGAAAAGCUCAUCCAGCCUGUUCAGGGGAGAAUGAGGCAACACUUCUCCUCCUUUACCUUGAUAGAUUUCCUUUCCUGUCAAGCUGUUGGUGACUCACACACACUCACACACACACACAUACACACACAGAUACACAUGGACACAGGGAGUGAACACACAUGUUUGGGGCGCAGAAGCUGCACAAACAGAUGAGCACUGAUCCCUGGAGGUUCCUCACAUGCGAUGAUGUUGAAACUUGUUGGACAGCCGUGAUUGUGUGUUAGAACAUUUUGUGAAACUCAUCUAAUUGUUAACAAAUGUUUGGUUUUAUGUGAUUUACAGUAUUUUUUUUUUGCUCUUCCUAUGAAACACUGUGAAACAAAAUAUACAUUUUUAUAUUGUGAUGUGUUUUUUUUGUAAAGAUUCCUAAUAAAGCUCUAAGUAAAA